UUGCAGGUAUUGGGGCUGCUGGUGUGGACCCUGGUUGCUGGAACAGAAUACUUUCUAUAUCCUGCCUUCGGCUGGGUGAUGUUUGUAGCUGUGUUUUACUGGGUUCUCACUGUCUUCUUUCUGAUCAUCUACAUGACAAUGACCUACACCAGGAUUCCCCAGGUGCCAUGGACCACAGUGGGUCUGUGUUUUAAUGGCAGUGCCUUCAUUUUGUACCUCAUUGCUGCCAUUGUAGAUGCAUCUUCAGUUACCAAAGAACUGGACAGUCACAAUUACAACAGCUGGGCAGCUUCUUCAUUCUUUGCCUUCGUGGUUACCUCCUGCUAUGCUGGAAAUACGUAUUUUAGCUUUAUAUCUUGGCGAUCACGAACUUUGCAGUAAAUAUUUUAAUAAAAUGAAUUCUGUAGUAUAAAAUAUCUUGAGGAUUUCAAAGCUUUUGUCAAGAGUAUAGAGGGAUGAGGUCUUUUUGAACGUUUCUGUUAGAAUUGACACAAUAUAUUUUAAACUGAGAGUAAAUAAUUAUAAUGCAAUACCAUCUUUAGAGACAUCUACACUGACUUUGUACUGUAUAAUAAAAUUUCAUACCGCUUCUUUUAAAAAUAACAUGGUAUUUUUCUAGACAUUGUAUAGAUGUUGUUACUAAACCUUUAAUAAAUCUUACUCAGAC